CGCGACAUGAGACAGCUCACACCCGCGGGAGAUUUACGUCCAGCCUCAGACUUGAGCAUUGUCAGCACAUAGAUAUCCUCUUGACUGAGUGAUAGUAUUCGCGAUCUAUCGACGCAAUUGCAUUUUAGAGAGCUUCUCAAGCGUCCUGCAACAUGCCGUCAGUAGCCCUCACAGUCCGCACUGCGCGCACCUUCUCGCGCAGCAGCACAAAGACAUACCUCAACCUCGCACGCAACUUCAGCUCCUCCCUCCGCCGCAAUGAGAUCAACAAGGUCUUCCCCUCCGCGCAGGAAGCGGUCAAGGAUAUGAAGUCUAACAGCACCCUCCUGUGCGGCGGCUUCGGUCUCUCUGGCGUCCCCGAUACUCUGAUUGACGCAGUUAAGGCGAACUCGUCCAUCACUGGUCUGACCGCUGUCUCCAACAAUGCUGGUGUCGUUGGUGGAGGUCUUGGGCUUUUGCUCGAGAGCAAGCAGGUCCAGAAGAUGAUUGCGUCCUACGUUGGCGAGAACAAAGUCUUGGAGCAAAUGUACCUGACCGGUGAACUGGAGCUCGAACUCACACCACAAGGCACGCUUGCUGAAAGGUGUCGCGCCGGCGGCGCUGGCAUUCCUGCAUUCUACACGCCGGCCGCUUUCGGUACAGUCGUGCAGACCGGUGAGCUUGCGCUUCGCCACAACAGCGAUGGCUCAGUCGCUCAGUACUCGACGCCACGCGACGUCAAGGUUUUCAAGGGCAAGUCCUUUGUCAUGGAGGAGGCCAUCAACGGCGACUAUGCCUUCAUCAAGGCCUACAAGGCCGACCGCCUGGGCAACGUGCAGUUCCGCUUCAGCGCGCAAAACUUCAACGGUGCCAUGGCCCGCAAUGCCAAGGUUACAAUUGUCGAAGCUGAGCACAUCGUCGAGGUGGGCGAAAUCGAGCCCAACGCUGUCCACGUUCCGGGCAUCUACGUCGACCGCGUGAUCCAAUCGACCGCCGAGAAGAAGAUUGAGAAGACUGUGAAUGCAAAGGACCCAGCAGAUGCUGCCAACGCCCUCGGCUCCGGCGAUGCAGCAAACAAGCGCGAGCGCAUCGUGCGCCGCGCAGCAAAGGAGUUUAAGAACGGCAUGUACGCUAACCUUGGAAUCGGCAUGCCCAUGCUCGCCCCCUCCUUCGUCGACGCCAGCGUAGAAGUCCAGCUGCAAUCCGAGAACGGCAUCUUGGGUCUCGGCCCGUACCCGCAGAAAGGGCUCGAAGACCCGGACCUCAUCAACGCGGGCAAAGAGACCGUCACACUGCUGCCCGGCGCGUCGUGCUUCGGUUCGGAAGAAUCGUUUGGAAUGAUUCGCGCAGGCAAGAUCAAUCUCACCAUCCUCGGCGCCAUGCAGGUUUCUGCGCGCGGCGACCUGGCCAACUGGAUGUUGCCAGGUAAGGUCAAGGGAUUCGGCGGCGCGAUGGAUUUAGUCUCGAACCCGAGCCUGACAAAGGUCGUUGUUACCAUGGAGCACACGGACAAGAAGGGCAGGCCCAAGAUUCUGAAGCAGUGCGAGUUCCCGCUCACGGGCAAGGCUUGCGUGAGCAGGAUCAUCACCGAUCUGUGUGUGUUCGACGUCGACUUCACUGAGGGCCUGACCCUCAUUGAGCUCGCCGACGGCGUCACGGUCGACGAAGUGCGGUCAAAGACCGGCGCGGACUUCAAGGAGGCUGCGGAGAUCAAGCCCAUGCUAUAAAUCUCGUCGACUCAAUUGCGUUCCUAGCUGGUUGGCAUGAUUGUAUAUACGCGCAGCGCUCGUUGAUGCCUGAUCUGGAGUUCAAAAUGAAGCGCUUUAUUCACAGAUCGCAUGUUCACCUAACCUUUCACCAUGCUCGUACAAUGUUGCUACAAUGGUGUUCUGGCAUUUAAUCAAGACUAGCACCGCUACAACGUCAUGAAACCUGCUGCGCUCAACUCUCUUCGUUCAUCGCCAUGUCUAGCACUAAGCAUCUACGGAGGAAUAACUAUUGCAUCGCGGUGCUCACAGUGGUACUCGUAGGUACCGUCGCAUCCACUGUAUCGAGCUGCAUACAUGCAUAUUACACUGUCAAAGAUAAGAUCACGUAUAAGCGGAAAGCACCUGCGGAAGUAAUUAGUACUAGACGGUAGCUUGCUCUAGAGACAAAAAUGAGAACUACUCGAGCC